CUGCCUCUUUAUGUGAGCGGCGGGUCGGUGCUGUCCGUCCUCCUCCGAGCUCCGCCGGAAAUCACCGAACAGAACCGAACCGCUCCGAGCUGAAGCGACGGCGACAGAUUAACGGAGACGUUUCAUAGUUUAAUAGCUGAUAAACAACAAAAAGACAAGGAUGACGGCUCUGACCAGCUGGGAGCUGUGUGUCAAAUACGCUCUAUUCAUCUUCAACUUCGUCUUCUGGCUCGCCGGGACCGGAGUCCUCGCUGUGGGACUCUGGCUUCGCUUCGACUCCAGGACAGAGGGGCUGUUUGAAGGGGAGGGAUCACCCUCCGUCUUCUUCACCGGCGUCUACAUCCUGAUCGCGGCCGGCGCCCUGAUGAUGGUCGUGGGCUUCCUGGGAUGCUGCGGAGCCAUCAAAGAGUCGCCGUGCAUGCUGGGAUUGUUCUUCCUCUUCCUGCUCAUCAUCUUCGCUGUGGAAGUGGCCGCUGGGAUCUGGGGUCUCUCCAACAAGGACCAGGUGGUGAACGACGUUACUGAGUUCUACAAGCAAACCUACGCCAACUACAAGGAAACCAAGCAGGAAGCUCUGAAGGAGACGCUUCGCCUCAUCCACUUCGGGCUGGACUGCUGCGGCCCAACGGGAACCGUGAUCGACGCCGCCAAAGAUAUCUGCCCCAAGAAGGAGGGGCUGGAGGUCCUCAUCACCACGAGUUGUCCGGCCGCCAUCGAGGAGAUGUUCAACAACAAGCUGCACAUCAUCGGAGGAGUCGGUAUCGGCAUCGGAGUCAUCAUGAUCUUUGGGAUGAUCUUCAGUAUGAUGCUCUGCUGCGCCAUCAAGAAAUCCAGAGACUUUGUGUAAACGCCAGGACUCCUCCACCUCCACCUCCUCCUCCUCCUCCUCCUCCUCCUCCUCCACGUUAACUCUCCUCCCGUUGUCUGUUAUUACUUUUAGAGUCUAAACCAUUUUAAUAACGGCCGUGCUCUGACCGUCUGGAUCCGUGCAGGAUGGACUAAUCGACCUGUGAGAGUACGGAUCCGUUCACCGACGCCUCUUUAGCUUUUUCCACUCGCUCGUCUCUGCUGCAGGAGAUUAAAUGUUCAAACAGGAGUAAACAGAACAAACAGGACGUUUAUAAUGACAGGAAGCAUCAAAAUAAAAUAAAAUCAUCGGUUGAUCGUCUUCAGGGUAAAGACUUUCAUUACGUCUCUGCUGCCCUCUGGUGGAAAUCUUGUUUUAUUAACUGAGCUGUAGUUUAACAGGUUUUCUGCAGCUAACGAAGGUCACAUUUUAUUUUUUACUUUUUUAAAUUUUUUUUUAUAUUAAAUCAAAUCUGAACUGUCGCGUUUUAUGCACAUUUUUGUUUUUUGUUUUUUUUGGAUUAAAGCAAUUACGAUUUGUGUCUUAAGAUGCCAAAUAAAUAAACUAAUAAACACAAA